GGCAAAUCCGAGUUGGUAUUUGACAUCGGGGCAGGACGAUGGCGUUGCUCUUCGCGAUUUCAAACGGGAGGGGAUGGAUGGGCAAAGUGCGAUUAAGGGGGAGGUUGGCGGCGCGGCGUGUGUAAGUGGUCCAUCCGGCACCAAUGUGCCAGCCCCCGCCGUCGACAUGUGAGACUGCCGCCCGUGCUCUCCCAGCGGAUUUCAUUACCUACCUCUAGCCAUCCGGCCAGCAAAAGGGCUGCUGUUGGUUUGAGUGUUUCACUGCAUUACUAACAAGGCCGAAUUCCCCUGCCUUGGGUGCAUGGCUUGCCGGCUUCCAUGGGAUGCCGUCGCCCAUCCGGGCAUGGGACCUGGACGGGAGUGGGAGUGUGGUUGCGCCUGCCAAUCCUCAGGGAGCAACUGAAUGGAUCACUGCAGCUUGGUUGAUAAGCAUCAUGGGGCAGGAGCAGCCUAUCAAUCGCCCUUGCCGCGGACAUGUCCUUUGAGAAUGGCGCAUUAGGUUCUUCCCAGUACGGCUUGACAGCAAGUACCUACGCUAGCAAGCACACCUCAGUCCCGUUCUGAGCCGUCCCGCAGGCUGGAGACCCGAGAGAACUCCACCGAAACCGUCCACGAACGACGGGAGCCUUGCCUCGCCCAGCGCAACACCGUCUUCACACGAGUUCCUCUUUUUCCAUCAAUUUGCACCUUGUCUGCUGCUUCUCCAUCUUCUGCUCGCACGCACCACCUCAACACUUCUCAACUGAAAGGAACACACGCACCAAAGCACGCACCGCACACUCAAUUCAGACCUGACUUCAGUUUCUCUUUGUAUCUUCCGAGUCAGACGUACCACACCGUCAGCGGCCUCGAAACAGGUUCCUUUCUCUAGCACGCACUCGCGUCCCCAGGCUCUUGUUCUGCAAUCCGAUAGAGCCCUAGACUCUAGCAGCAUCCUUCGGUUCCGCCAUCCACAAAGACGUCAGGUCAACAACGCCGGCCUCAUCCCUCUACAUACUGACCACCGCGUCCCGUCCUUCCCGUCGACCCCCGAUCACCGCUCCCGCCAGACGUGCACUUGACGUUUAUUCAUAGACGCCAUCGAAGCUUGGUGCAAAGACCGUCCCCCCGCCAUUCUCUUGGGUGAAAUAGGCCGAACGACAUUCACGCCCAAGCUCCACCUGCGGCCAUACCCAGCCUGUCUGUGGUGGAUCGAGAAUACUCUCAAAUCUCGAAUUCGCUCGCUGCUCCCGCGCCAACCCAUUACCCCUCGACAUAUCUUCUUCCUGGCCUCUCUGCAAGCCUUACUCUUUGGCACCCCCCUGACAAUUCCUCCUGUCGCGCUCGUUUGUGGUGCUGGUCCCUGUUGAACGCCUUAUACGUCUCUCAACUCGCCUUGGCGACCAGCAGCCACAAUCCGACAACAGUCUCAACCCGAACCCCUCGCGCUUCCGCUAUCAGCUCAGUGUCUCCAACGCCACCACCCAAACUGUACAAGCAAAAAGACUUACGUUGGUAGUGUCUAGCGAAGGAUACACUCAGGUGUGUGGGAACCAUUGCACAAGACCGCGGUGGUCCUUUGCGGGCGAUGAGGGGGAGGGUGGACCUCGAUAUCUGAAUUUCAGACAGGGUCGAGGUCAUAUCAAGACGGCCUCCAGCUUGCGACAGGCACAGUCAUACACCAGUAGAUACGCUUACAAGGCCGUAGUCAACAUAGGAGUCGCAACCCGUCCUUUCCUUGGUUCAUCCUAAUAGUAUCUUCCGAUCCCUCCACUCUGCCAGCUACACUGGGCACAUAUAUCCAACGUCCACAAUUUGCCAUCACUCCUCCGUCCUCACCAUCUGGGUAUGGAUCCGCGCUUCAUCGUCACCCGCGAAGAACUAUACGAUGUCCAGAUGGACUUGAAGCGCCUUCAUUCCAUCCAGCAUCAGCACUCAGAGCGGUUACGAUUGUUGGAAAAACGCCAGGCCGACGAUGCCGCCUUGAAGUCUGUCUGGAGUUCGCCGUUCCCAAGUAUGCUCGGGACGACAACCCCUCAGCAUGGGCCAGUUCACUUGCCAGCCAACGAUCUAUUUGACGAUCUUGACGAGCAGGGCCAAAACUUGCUUGGUAGACUGCAGCUUGAGCCUGAAGACGAGCCUAUACGACGAGGGGUAGCAUCGAGGGCGAAUAGUGUGCGGUUCGAUGAAAGCGCUCUGCACGGAUGGGGUGGCCAUCAUGGCACCCGUCACUCGACCGAAUAUGGCUUAACGCGCCCUGGAAGUGGCAUGGGAGGCCAUCCCAUGACUGAGCGCUCUUCGUCUCACAAGUCUGAUGGGAGGCAUAGCUCUGCCGGCCAUUCUGUUCAUUCAGUGCAUUCAACCGCCUCUGGCCGAGCUAGCAGUCUCGGUCUUGAUACCAACUUCUCGAUUGGUGGGGUGGAGGACGACUCCCCCCUUGAUGUCCCGGAACCUCCCCCAGGCUUCUUUUAUCUGGGUGCAGCCCCGUCCAUCAUCCGCUGUUGCUUGACUGAUAACAUCACCAACAAAAGGUUGCUCUAUGCUGUCGUCUGUACUGGUUCACAAAAGUCAACAGUGGACUAUAGUGUGGUUAAAGACCUGAACCUAACCAACCAAAUGCAAAGAGGAAUGGACGGCAUUUACAGGAUCGAUCUUCCGGUUUUCCUUACCGAAGCUAGAGUCAUUCAAUCCAACUCUAGGUCUGUCAGCCCGAUUCACCCACUACCGCCCAGCAUCACGUGUUCUUUUGAAGUGACUGGCAUGGAUCAACCAGAAAGUCCUGAAACUAGAAAGAGCAUCCGCGUCUUCAUCGGUAACCACACGUUGAGGUUGCAUAGUGCAGACCUUCUACUUUCUCAAAACUCAAUGACACUGUAUGGUACCGACAGGGACAAGCUUUCUGUACCCUUUGUUCGACCUGAGGAUGAUGCAGUGUUCAAGAAUCUUGCAGUGACGAAUAUGGCCCCUGGGAAUAAGCCCAAGCUGAACGCUGCCGCGCCCGAGUUCGUUGCUGGAGACAGAGCCGCAAAACCGUCGGCCAAAAGCAACGAAGAACCGGUCCCCAAGCAGAAUGGAGAUGUUGUCUCGGAGGGAGCACUGCCGUCGCCUGUGAGGUCGCCAAGUCAACCAGUGAAGACGACCACUGAGGCAACCAGCACGGCAUCGAAUGAAUCGAGUGGAGGGUAUGAUAAGGAGCAACCUCAACAGGAGCAACAGCACCAGCGGCCACCAUCUGCUCCAGCCGAUUCUGUAGUCCUUGAAGACGUCUCCAGAGACGCUGCCAAAGAAAAUUCUACGCCCACUUCAACGACCGACACCGCUCGCCGGGAACCUAGCGCGGCCAUCAGGACUCCGUGGCGACAAACGGCUGCCAGUCUUGCCGAUAAGGAAAGCACCCCGCUGAGCGGCUACCAGCCAGCUGCAAGAGGUCGCAGUAUGAAGAUCUUACGGCCGACAAAGAUAUCUUCCAUUAGCAGCAACAGCACUGCCGGUCCAAACUCACCGUCAACUACCCGGUCGACGGGUGCGUUCGAAUCUCCCUCCAUUCCGCGGUCUAACGGAACUGAUCUGCGACGGACCAAGGGCUCAACAGCUAGCGCUGCUGUGGCGGAAGACAGUCAGAGCAACACUAGCAGCCCUACGGUAGGCAGCUGGGGUCCCUCCAAACGCAGUCUGAGCACCAGUGCUAGCGCUUCCAACCUUGGAAACUUGGAAGGUGGCAAGGGCAUUGAGACUAGAGAGCAAAGGUCCUCGUCACUGGCAACCACAGUGGGCAGUCCCAUGCAUCAGGAUGGACUUAAGACACCGACGGCUCCCAGAUCGGCCACAAACCCUCUUGGUAGUGCAUCUGCUUUUGCUUGGAUGGGAAAUAAAACGACGGGUAAGGCGUCUGCCAGUCCGUUGUAGAGUACGGUAUUGCAAGCACGAAUAUCAGGAACUGGAGAAACGUCGACCAUGCGUUACUAAUCAGUACAAGAAAAAAAAACCACUUGUUAGGUUGGGCUUAGCAUCCGUAUGUUGAACCCUCAGCGUGCCCGGGUGGAAAUGAAGAGCUAAAACUAUGCGUACAAAAGUGAAGAGCAUAGCGAAGGGAAGCGUGAGCCAAGCUGGGCACAUAAACAGGUAUUACUAUGUCUUGAAAAAGCUGAAUAAUAACGAGUAUUGUCCAAGUUCAAAUAACUAGACCUCCUGUGCCAGACAUGACCUGAUAACCCUGUGUGUCUUGUGCUUAGACUACGGGCGAGGGAGGGGGAAAGCGUGUGAAGGUGCAGUGUCCGG